AUGUUCUUGGAUUCACAAGAAGGGGAGCCAAGCUCUUUUGAAAAUGAGGUUGUGGGUUGGUUGCCGGAGAAUGGACAGAACCCAACUCAAUAUUGUGCAGGAUCUGAAUCUUCUUGUAUUCCUGUUAGGAAUCAAUCCUCAAGCACCAUUUAUGAUCCUAUGCCACAUGGUGCAAACAUGACCGUUGAUGCUUGUGACAUGGGCGGGUGCCAUGUCAGCACCUCAAGUAACGACGGUCUUUCACCCUGGCAUCACAACUACACUUCAACAGAGCUGCUUUCUGCCCUCAUGUCUCCUACGUCAUUCCCUCUGAUGAAGGAGAUUGCAGGUCCAAGCAUUCCCCAGGUUGUAGUAUCACAGCAGCAGGUUGAGACAGCAUCAAAUUGCCCUCAAAUGCCACCUACCGGUGAAGGUGCAAACUAUGAGAGCAACCUGCCUCAUCUUGGUGUAGAUUAAUUCAGUACCAUAAAUCGUUAAAUUUCCCUUAGGCUUGAUGAAUUUGGGUGGUCAGAGACCUAUUUGAAAUUUGCUUGUGUAUUUAAUUUUUUCUUCGUCGAAGUUUCAUGUCCAGUUAGAUAUUUUGGUCGAGAUGAGA